ACGAUAGGAGUUGUUUCUUCCCCUCCGUUAUAAUACUAUCAGCCGUAUGUGUUGCGAAAGAGGACACAUGAUGGAAAGCGUAAACAUUUACGUGUCUUGAGUGUUUAGAGAAACAAUUUUUAUUUGUAAUCAUGAUAGACAGUAACAUUUCCAUGGAGGAGGAUACUGAAUUACGAGAUUUAGUGGUACAAACUCUUGAAAAUAAUGGUGUUCUCGCAAAAGUCCGGGCUGAAUUAAGGGCUAGCGUGUUUUUAGCUCUGGAGGAACAGGAAUCUGUAAUGAAUCCAGAACCACUCCUCAACAAAACAGUAAAACAGUACCUGGCUAAUUCCGAAGGAAAAUUACUAUUUUCAUUGGUUAGGGAGUUCCUAGAAUAUUUUGGUUUGGAUUAUACUAUAUCUGUAUAUGAUCCAGAGACAUAUAUUGGAAAAGAAUAUAACUAUGUCGGUAGAAACAAAUUAUGUGAAGAAUUAGGUAUAAAUUCAUCUGAGCCAUUACUUGGAGAAAUUUUAAAGAAUAAUAUCAACAUCUGUAACAUAACACAAAAGGUGGAAUUCAAUGACAGUAAACAUAAUAAAACAAAUGAAACGUCAACAAACUUUGCAAAUGCAACCUUUGAAGUUCCUGUACCAAAGAUGUUACAUACUGAAUCAUUAUCAAAUGAUAAUAAUUCUUCUGAGAAACUAGGAAGUUUCUCUGAACAAAGCACUAGUAUUCCAAUAAAUGUGACAAUAACUGACAAAAAGAAAAAUACACAAACAUUACAUAAUGAUUUAUUAGAUGAGUCACAUGAUAAAGAAAAGAAUUCUCUCAGGGAAAAUAUAAUAGUUUUUGACAACAUAACUGACAAAGAUGAUAUUAAUGAUAAAGGGAACAAUAUACACUCUGAUAAAAGUCCUACAAAAAAAAUUGAUACAUACGAAGUAAUAAAUCAUACAAUAAAAGAAACUGCCACAAUUGCAUCUGGUCAAAUUGAUAUGUUCAAUAAAGAAGGACCUUUAAUUACGUUUGAUGAAUCUAUAGUAUCUGAAAUGCAAAAAAAUCAAAACGUGGAUGUUACAAAACAAAAUAGUAUAAAUAAUAAAGAACUAAAUAUUAUGAAUAAUGUACAAAAUAAAAAAGAGAUUAAUAUAGAAUGUAACUUUGGAAAAGCUAUUUACUUUGAAGAAAUUAUUGUUGAUGAAAAAAGAGACAAUGUUGGUAAUGUACAUAAAGCUGAAUCUUCAUCACCUUUAGAUAAGUCUGGUUCUAUAUUUGAUCUACCACCAUUAAACGGAAAAAAGACUAAUAUAAAUGAUAUAAAAGAAUUAAUGGAUGUUGGAUUUGCAGUAGAUAAUAUUGACAAUUAUGAAGAAGAUUUUGUGUCAUCUGCAUCAGGUAGUUUUAAUGAACAGAGUCCAUCUAAAGAAUUACAAGAAUUGGACAGUUCUGUGCAAGUACAUGUCAAAAAAGAAGAUACAAUUCAGAGUACUCAUAGUGAAGACAUUAGUGAAGAAAUAGAAGAAACUGAUGAAAUACUGAGUAGUACUUCGUGCCUUCAGGGUGUGAAUAUAAAUGAAAAGGAUGAAAAGGUUUCAAAUUUCACAACGGGUAUUACUACAAAUUAUAGAAAUGAGAUAUAAUCUUUACUGAUAUUAUCGUAAGAUUCUUAACAGAAUCUUAAGCACUUUGUUCAAUUAUAAUUUUGUUAAUUGUUUCUCACAUUGUAGUUGCUUUUAUAACGAUAAGAAUGUUAUUCUGUUGCAUAGCAAGCUAGAGUACAGGAGAUACUGCUUUUGGGGACUGAUAUCCUAUACUAAGGCAUCAUGUGUAAGACUAUGCUGAUUAUUGUAAAUUGAGAAACUUACUGGAUUUAUUUUGCAGUUUUUAAUAAGGCACUGCCAGCUAUGGCUAAAUACUUAUAAAUCGCGCUGCAAAAAUCAUGGAAGGAAAAUGCCUUCAUGAGCAUUUUUCUAUUCAUUGCAUUUCUCUAUUUUAUAUAGAUUAAAUGAUGUAUUUUUCUACAUUUUAUAGAUUUAAGAGGGAAAUGUAAUUUUUAUUAUAAAAAAAGGAAAUAUUUAAGUUUAUGACCGAUCCAUAUACUUUUUGAAGUGAAUACAGUAAAAAUGAAACGAAGUAAUAGAAAUCUAUAUAUUGAAACUAUUAAGAAAUAUUUAAUCUAUGUCUAUAUUGUCAUAAAAUUCAGCUUCUCAAUCGGCUACUAACAGCAUAAAAAAUUGUUUACAUUUCUUUAACAACUGCUAAAUGUAUAGAAUCUUUCAAUCUUGUUAAUAAGUAUAAAUUUGAGAGGAUGGGGAAUUUAGUAAAAUGACUGAUAAUUACAAAGUACUUUUUGCAUCGUUUUAAGACUGACAGUAUUUUGGAAGAGCUGAAUCUUCAUUUCUAAACUGAUCACAUCAUUUUGGGAAACAUAAUUAGCCAUUAAUGUUAACAUUAUCAUAAAAAGUAUCUAUGUCUUAUGUGACAUAUAUGAAAUGAUCUUUUUACUUCAAAUAUAAAUAUGUAAUUUGCCAUGAAUUGUUAAAAUGAACAUAGAUUUUAAUAUUGCAAUAGUAGAAGACUCAAUAGGUACAUAGUAUGAGGCAAUUUUCCUUCUAUGUUAUACGUAUGUGCCUAGUAUUAUUAUCCUUAUAAACAACUUACAUAAGUGUUAUAAUAUUUCAAGGACCAGGAAACUAUUAAUUGUGUUAUAGUUAAUUAGUAACUAGAUUAAUUUUUUAAAGGAAUAUCUUAGUAUUUUACCCUUUUGUGCUUGACAGAAAAAUUCUUGAGUCUAAUUUGAUGACUGAAUAUGAUUCAUUACCUCAUUUAACUAAACAUAGAUGCUGCGAUAUCUAUGAUAUCAGUAAACCAUCCGUCUAAUAAUGGAUUGCCUAAAAAAUCCGUCAAAUUAUUUUUUUGAUAAUAAUGGUGCUAAAUAUUUGAAACUAAAAUAAUUUAUAAAGGUUGAAGCUGUCCAAGAAAAUUUAGGUGCUUAUCUAUCUUCUAGCAACACUGUUUGCAAGAGAUUAGUAAUUAACAAAAGUUGUAGGGUAGGAUCUUAAUUUUUGGGCAAUCCAAUACAAUGAAAAAUAUUUAAUAUGGAAAAGUUCAUUCUAUGUAUGAUGCAAUAACUGAGUACAAUUCAAAAUGGAUUGACAGGAUGCUUGACAAAUCAAAAUCCUUUUGUAAAAACACAUAACUUGCUAUCUUUACAAAAGAAUUUUCAUUAACAGCUAAAAUCUGAUAAUAUCACAUAUGCUAAAUGGCAUAAUUCAUUCAGACGAAGAGAUUGUGUGCUUGUAUAAUAUGUACCAUGUAUAAAUUUGAUUAUAGUAAUUAAAUUAUUAAAAAUGUAUACAAAAAUUUUUACAAACUUCAUGUACACUAGUUUUUUGUACAUUGAUAUAUAUUAUUUUUGUUUUCUUGAUUUUCAUUAGAAAUGUUAUUAGUAACAUUAUUAUAUAAAAUCAUAUGAUACUGUGUAACAAAUCUCUUAGUCUGAAUCGACAUUUAUCCCAGUAUGAUCAUUAAAUCAGGUGUGUUCCUGGCCAAUCAGCGUGGUUACAUCUUGUUAUCAGUAUGGUAUACAGUUUUAUGAAAAAAUUCAGGACUGGUUUGAACAUUCCCACAUUUUAUAAAAUAUAAGAAAUAAAUACAUUCCAUUAUUGUUAUUAAGAUAA